GUUGCCUGCGCCUGGGCCUGCUCGCGCUCUUUCCCUCCCUCCCUCGCUAGUCAGGCGCCGGGUCCUGAAACAGCCCGGGGAAGUGAAGCUGUAGUCGUGGACCGAGCGAGACGAGCUAGCCGAACCCUCGCCGACGUCCACAGGCCUGCACCGCGGCAGCAUGAGCGCGCGCAGCCCGGCGCUCGGGCUCCUCCUCCUGCUGCUGCUGUGUCCGGAGCAGGUGUUUUCACAAUCCUGUGUUUGGUAUGGAGAGUGUGGAAUUGCAUUUGGAGUUAAGAGAUACAAUUGUGAAUAUUCUGGGCCACCAAAACCAUUGCCGAAGGAUGGGUAUGACUUAGUGCAGGAACUCUGUCCAGGAUUCUUCUUUGACAAUGUCAGUCUCUGUUGUGAUGUUCAGCAGCUUCAGACUCUGAAAGACAGCCUGCAGCUGCCUCUACAGUUUCUGUCCAGAUGUCCAUCCUGUUUUUAUAAUCUAAUGAACCUGUUUUGUGAGCUGACAUGUAGCCCUCAACAGAGUCAGUUUCUGAAUGUAACAGCAACUGAAGAUUAUGUUGAUCCUAGUACAAACCAGACGAAAACAAACGUAAAAGAGUUACAGUACUAUGUUGGACAGAGUUUUGCCAAUGCCAUGUACAAUGCCUGCCGGGAUGUGGAGGCCCCCUCAAGUAAUGUCAAGGCCCUGGGACUCCUGUGUGGGAAGGAUGCUGAUGCCUGCAAUGCCACCAACUGGAUCGAGUACAUGUUCAACAAGAACAAUGGACAGGCACCGUUUACCAUCACUCCCAUUUUUUCAGAUUUUCCAGUCCAUGGGAUGGAGCCCAUGAAUAAUGCCACCAAAGGCUGCAACGAGUCUGUAGAUGAGGUCACAGGGCCAUGCAGCUGCCAGGACUGCUCUGUUGUUUGUGGCCCCAAGCCCCAGCCCCCACCCCCUCCUAUUCCCUGGAGGAUAUUUGGCUUGGACGCCAUGUAUGUUAUCAUGUGGAUCACCUACAUGGCAUUUUUGCUUAUGUUUUUUGGAGCAUUUUUUGCAGUGUGGUGCUACAGAAAACGGUAUUUUGUCUCCGAGUACACUCCCAUUGAUAGCAAUAUAGCUUUUUCUGUGAAUGCUGGUGACAAAGGAACGGCUUGGCUCCUAACCUCCACCCUCCCUUCCUCUCCUGCUCUUCCAGGGGAGGCGUCCUGCUGCGACCCAGUCGGUGCAGCAUCUGAGCGCUGUUUGAGGCAGUUCUUCACACAGUGGGGAUCUUUCUGCGUUCGAAACCCUGGCUGUGUUAUUUUCUUCUCACUGUUCUUCAUUGCCGCGUGUUCUUCUGGCCUGGUGUUUGUUCGGAUCACGACCAAUCCAGUAGACCUCUGGUCAGCCCCCGGCAGCCAGGCUCGCCUGGAAAAAGAAUACUUUGACGCGCACUUCGGGCCUUUCUUCCGGACAGAGCAGCUCAUCAUACGGGCCCCCCACACAGACAGGCACACGUACCAGCCCUACCCAUCGGGAGCAGACGUGCCCUUUGGACCUCCGCUUGACAUACAGAUUUUGCACCAGGUUCUUGACUUACAAAUAGCCAUUGAAAACAUUACUGCAUCUUAUAACAACGAGACUGUGACACUUCAAGACAUCUGCUUGGCCCCUCUCUCACCAUAUAACAAGAACUGCACCAUUAUGAGUGUGUUAAAUUACUUCCAGAACAGUCAUUCCGUGUUGGACCACGAAAUAGGGGACGACUUCUAUGUGUAUGCUGAUUACCACACACACUUUCUGUACUGUGUUCGGGCUCCCGCCUCUCUUAAUGAUACAAGUCUGCUCCAUGAUCCUUGUCUGGGGACAUUUGGUGGGCCCGUGUUCCCGUGGCUUGUGUUAGGAGGCUAUGAUGAUCAAAACUACAAUAAUGCGACUGCCCUUCUGAUUACCUUCCCUGUGAAUAAUUACCAUAACGAUACAGAGAAGCUCCAGAGGGCCCAGGCCUGGGAAAAAGAGUUUAUUAAUUUUGUGAAAAACUACAAUAAUCCAAAUCUGACCAUUUCUUUCACUGCUGAGCGAAGUAUUGAAGAUGAGCUAAAUCGUGAAAGUGACAGUGACAUCUUCACGGUUGUCAUUAGCUAUGCCGUCAUGUUUCUGUAUAUUUCCCUGUUCUUGGGACACAUCAAAAGUUGUCGCAGGCUUCUGGUGGAUUCUAAAAUCUCUCUAGGAGUUGCAGGAAUCCUGAUUGUGUUGAGCUCGGUAGCAUGCUCACUGGGCAUCUUCAGUUUCAUUGGAAUCCCCCUGACUCUCAUCGUCAUUGAAGUCAUCCCAUUUCUGGUACUGGCUGUUGGAGUGGACAACAUCUUCAUUCUGGUGCAGACUUACCAGAGAGAUGAACGUCUUCAAGGGGAAACUCUGGAUCAACAACUAGGCAGGGUCCUAGGAGAAGUGGCUCCUAGUAUGUUCCUGUCAUCCUUUUCUGAGACUGUAGCAUUUUUCUUAGGAGCAUUGUCAGUGAUGCCAGCCGUCCACACGUUCUCUCUGUUCGCGGGCCUGGCAGUCUUCAUUGACUUUCUUCUUCAGAUUACCUGUUUUGUGAGCCUCUUGGGGUUAGACAUUAAACGUCAAGAGAAAAACCGGCUGGACAUCCUUUGCUGCAUCGGAGGCACCGAAGAUGGAGCAAGCAUCCAGGCUUCAGAGAACCGCUUGUUUCGCUUCUUCAAAAACUACUAUUCUCCACUUCUGCUGAAGGACUGGAUGCGGCCACUUGUGAUAGCGAUCUUUGUAGGUACUCUGUCAUUCAGUAUUGCAGUCCUGAACAAAGUAGAAAUUGGAUUGGAUCAGUCUCUUUCCAUGCCAGAUGACUCCUACGUGGUGGAUUAUUUCAAGUCCCUCAGUCAGUAUGGGCAUGCGGGCCCACCUGUAUACUUUGUCCUGGAGGAAGGGCACGAUUACACAUCUCUGAAAGGGCAGAACAUGGUGUGCGGUGGCGUGGGCUGCAACAACGACUCCCUGGUGCAGCAGCUCUUCAGCGCAGCGCAGCUGGACAACUAUACCCGAAUAGGCUUUGCUCCCUCAUCCUGGAUUGAUGAUUAUUUUGAUUGGGUUAAACCACAGUCGUCUUGCUGUAGAGUCUACAAUUUCACUGACCAGUUCUGCAAUGCUUCAGUGGUCAACCCUGCCUGUGUCCACUGCAGGCCCCUGACUCCAGAGGGCAAGCAGAGGCCUCAGGGUGGCGACUUCCUGCGAUUCCUGCCCAUGUUUCUUUCUGACAACCCUAACCCCAAGUGUGGCAAAGGGGGACAUGCUGCUUACAGUUCGGCAGUUAACAUCCUUGGCAAUGACACUGGGGUUGGAGCCACAUACUUCAUGACCUACCACACCGUGCUGCAGACCUCCACUGACUUCAUUGAUGCCAUGAAAAAAGCCCGACUUGUAGCCAGUAACAUCACCGAAACCAUGGGUGUUAAAGGCAGUAAUUAUCGUGUGUUCCCGUACAGCGUAUUUUAUGUCUUCUACGAACAGUACUUGACCAUUAUUGAAGACACGAUCUUUAACCUUGGAGUGUCGCUGGGAGCGAUAUUUUUGGUGACCACGGUCCUUCUGGGCUGUGAGCUGUGGUCUGCUGUCAUCAUGUGUGCCACCAUCGCCAUGAUCGUGGUCAACAUGUUUGGAGUCAUGUGGCUGUGGGGCAUCAGUCUGAACGCAGUUUCCUUAGUCAACUUGGUGAUGAGCUGUGGCAUCUCCGUGGAGUUCUGCAGCCACAUAACAAGAGCGUUCACAGUGAGCAUGAGAGGAAGCCGUGUGGACCGCGCAGAGGAGGCGCUCGCUCACAUGGGCAGCUCUGUAUUCAGUGGCAUCACACUUACAAAAUUUGGAGGGAUAGUGGUGUUGGCCUUUGCCAAAUCUCAAAUUUUCCAGAUAUUUUACUUCAGAAUGUAUUUAGCCAUGGUCUUACUGGGAGCCACUCAUGGACUGAUAUUUCUCCCCGUCAUACUCAGUUACAUAGGACCAUCUAUAAAUAAAGCCAAAAGUUGUGCCACUGAAGAUCGAUACAAAGGUACAGAGCGAGAACGACUCCUAAAUUUCUAGCCCUCUUCCAGAGUUUGGUGACUCUGAACUGUAGCUAAGGGUCACUUUACCACUAGGUAGUAGCUGCGUUGUCAAGGCUAAGCUGAACACUGGAUGUUACCAAACAUCAGGCUAUUUGACAGCAGCGUCUUCAGACAGAGCUUUUAAACUUAGGAAUGCACAUCUUACUUGUGACGCAGUAUUACUAAAUCUGAAGACAUCCACAGGACACUGGAGCCUCUCCCAGCUUCUUCAGGAAAGAAGCCUUAUUCUUUGACAAGGGGAAGAUGACACUAGGAUGGCUGUGAGUGUGAUCUGCUCGUGACACCUUUUAGGGCCAAUCAAGGCACUUUUUUUUUUUUUUUAGGUAUAAGCCAUCGCACAAGUUCUAUACCAUAUUUUUAGAAACAUUUGAGAAUGUUGCAGAUAAACUUUAUUACAACAUUUUGUAGUUUAAAGAGCUUUAUUAAUGCAAUAAAUUAACUUUGUACACAUUUUUAUAAAAAAAAAAAAAAAAAAAACUAGCAGAUGGCUUCAGAACGUUGUAGGCCUCAUUAGAGCUUGGUCUCCAAAAACCUGUUUGAAAAAGGCAACAUGUUCUUCACAGUGUUCACCUAUAAAGGAAAAUAUAAAUUGAGUCACCAAUUAGAUGUGGCAUGAAAAGAGAGGGAAACAGAAUGCAGCUCAAAAGUGUGUAUA